AUGGAGCCGUGUGAUUCUCAGACGGUAGGCCGCAGGAUUGAGGGUUUCCGUUCUCGGGGUUGUUAUACGGGCUUGCCAGUGGCACGAGACAGCCCAUCUCAACGGUCCCAUGUGACUAAGGACAACUUUAGGCACCUAUAUAAAAAUUUUGAAGGGUCCGGAACUAGCCCUGUUCCUCAGGUGUCGCGGUUUCAAAAAGUUACCAUACCCUCAUUUGCAUCCAGUCCAUUGGGGUCAAGAAGUAGUAGCAGGUAUUCUAGCACAGAGAUGUUAAAAGAGGAUCAGCCAGCCAACAUCCACAGCUUUGGCAGGGCUUCAUCACUUUUGAGUAAAACAUACCAUGGCAAUGCCACCAUGUACCGCUCGCCUAGUUUUGGUCAUGGAGAUAACUUUUCUCGUGCAACAGUUCGAGUUCACCCUAAGCUUGUGCCGAGCUUAGGUCCAGCAGAAUAUAAAACAUGUAGUUCAGAAAACAGGGUAUUCUGCCACUCCUUAAAUAAUGAGAAAGACAGGAACAGGAUCUCUAUGUCCAACCCCGACAUUGCCUCAGAAAAACUAUCACUUCUUAGCUACCUUAAGACCGAUCUAUCCGAGUUAAGAAUGAAGAAAAAGGGACAAGAUGAUGAGGACAAUGUAAACUCUGAUCAAGGCACGUCUGUGUACAGAAUGGGCUCCAGGACAAGUCGGCCGCACCAUGGACGUCCUUCCCUGAAGGAUCUCACUGCUACGAGGAGGGCAAAGUCUUUCUCUUACUCAGAGAAGCCAGUAGGGCAGCAAUAUUAUGGUAGCGGGCCAGGUUUAAGGAGUUCCUCCGAGCAUCGGCUAGACUCUGAAGGCAGUGGCGAGCAGGUGAUGAUUGCUGACAGGGAGGUGGAGAGCGAUGACUGCAGAAGUACCUACAAUUACGACGAGCCAAUGCCUACCCCUCUGCAAGACCACUAUGUGCAGGAAGCCAGACAGGUGAUAAGAGGACAUUUUGUCAGAUGGGUGAAAGUAAGUGAUGAUGAUGAUUAUGAGGAAAACCAUUUCAAGACAAAAAGCAGUGACUCUAAAAUAGACACUGAAAAAAGGAUAAGGCAAAGCAGGGAGGUGAGGAGACUUGAGCACUCUGAUUUUACUGGGUGUAAGGAAGAGGAGGCUGAUGGAAAAAAAAGUGGAAAAUGUUUACAGAAAGGAAAUUCAGAGGAGAACAUGUUCUGUGAUAAGUCAUUGGAUGAACUCUCUGGUCAUGAAUCUAGCCUGACAGAUGAAGGAAUUGUCACAGAGCCAAGUGUGGGCUCGUAUGGGGGGGGGCUAUCCUGCGUUAAAGACUUGCUGGGUCAGACUCUCAAUGUUUGGAAUCAGUCAGGAUCGUACGAAGAGCAGCUGCCUGAUACAACACCAGAGGAAGUUCCAUCUGUUAAGACAGAGAAUGAGGGAGUAGCCAUAGGAGGAGACAUUAGCAGCAGUAAAGAUGUAAACCAGGGGGCCUUGGAGGCUCCGUCUACUCCUAGUGCUAUUCGCAGGCGAAGGAAAUUCUCCUCAGCUGGAAACAACGGCUCAGAUUCCAGCAAUGGCAGUAAUGGAGAGUCUAAUGGUGAGUCUGCAUACCGUUCUUUGAGUGAUCCUAUACCUCAUAGACUUCGUUCAGUUGCAGAGGAUGGCGGAAAGAGCUUCUCCAUGGACAGCAACCUGCUCGGUUCACUCUCUCUGAACAAGGUGGGUGGUGGUGUGGAGUCUUCUGCAGCAGACAUUUCUGAAUAUACAGGCAGUGCCGCCAGUGACCUUUCAGUGUGCAGCGACAGCCUGAGAGAUUACAGUACUGUGAUUCAGAGCAUUGUUCGUGAACCUGGCGCAAUGGACAAUCUUAUUGAUGAGAAGGCUAAUGGCAAGGCUGUUAAGAAAAAGAGCUUUAGCGACCCUAGUAGACGUGGAGAACUGACGGAUACAGUCCUAGAAUUUCAAAAGCAUCCCAGCGAGCCAAUUAAUGAAUUAGAACAAUCCAUACCACCUUCCAGCAGUGAGCCCAUCUUAUCUGAGCAAAGAGAUGAGCUUUGGGCACUGAAUAAUGAACAACAACAACUUUAUUGUCCAACCAGAAGGUCUCGUUCUCAGUCUGAGCACGUUUUGCCCUCCAAUCUUGGUCAUAAUGGAGAAACAAAAGCCCCAGGGGAGCCCUCAUAUCCUUUUGACCCCAAGCUAGCUCAGGUUUUGUCUCCUCGAGCUAGUCGCCGGAGCCCCAAGAAACGGACAAACCGCUUUACCCAUCAGUUGUCUUGUGAUGACGGGGAUCACUUAGAUGAACAAGGUGAAGAGCAGUCCUCUGCAUCCAUCCUCCCCCAGCUUCAAGCCUCAAAGGUCAGACCCAAACAUGUGCGUCAUGCCAGUGAACCUGCCACACUUGUGCCUAUAAUUCCUUCACAUGCCCACAUCUCCCAGGACUCUAAGAGGUCUAACCAUGUCACAGAGUCUUCACUAUCCAGCAAAACAGUCCCGGGGGAGGGCACUCCAUCAUUAGAGGACGUCACUGAGCAAUACAUCUUGGCCUUGAAGUCUCCAGAGUCCCCAGCGGAGACCCCACCAGCCGCUGUUGGGGUUAUUCUGGAGGGCACAACUUCCACACCUUCCGUUCCUACCACCACUGCUGAGCCAAAACUAGAGAGGAAGUCCAGCGAUGAACUUUCCGCUGUUCCUCUGAAGGCCAAACCGAGAGUGGAUAUGAGAAGACAUGUGAUCAUGACUCUGCUGGACACUGAACAAUCUUACGUUGAGUCUCUGCGCACACUCAUUCAGGGCUACAUGAAGCCCCUCAAGCACCCGGAAACCUCGCCUCUCUGUGACCCGUCUCUGGUAGACGAGAUGUUCUACCAGAUCCCUGAGAUUUUCGAACAUCACGAGCAGUUCCUGGAGCAGGUGCAGGACUGUGUCAACCAGUGGCACGACAAACAGACGAUCGGCCAUGUGCUCAUCCAGUCGUUUUCCAAAGAGAUCCUCGCCAAUAUUUAUUCAGCGUACAUCGACAACUUCAUGAAUGCCAAAGACGCAGUGAGAAUCGCCAAGGAAGCCAAGCCUGCUUUCCUGAAGUUUCUAGAGCAAAGUAUGCGUGAGAAUAAAGAGAAACAAGCUCUGGGUGAUCUGAUGAUAAAGCCGGUGCAGCGGAUCCCACGAUACGAACUGCUAGUUAAGGAUCUUCUGAAACACACUCCUGAGGAUCACCCCGACUACCUGUUCCUGCAGGAUGCCCAGAAGAACAUCAAGCGGUUGGCUGAGAGGAUCAACAAGGGCCGGCGCACCGCGGAGGAGCUGGAGAGAGAGACCCGUGUCAUGCAGGAGAUCGAAGCGCACAUCGAGGGCGUGGAGCAUAUCCUGAAUCCGCAGAGGAAGUUUCUAAGACAAGAGAUGGUGGUGGAAACGAAAACGGUGGGUGGUAAGAAGGACCGCUCUCUGUUUCUGUUCAGCGAUCUGCUCAUCUGCACCACGCUGAAGAGAAAGUCUGGAUCUCUGCGCCGGACCUCCAUGAGUCUAUACUCCACUGCUAGUUUCAUUGACACCUCGAGUAAAUACAAGUUCUUGUGGAAACUGCCCUUAGAAGACAUUGAAGUGGUUAAAGGUUCUAAUCAAGCCACGAACAGAGAAAACAUCCAGAAAACCAUCAGCCGUCUGGAUGAAGAUCUCAGCACACUGGGCCAAAUAAGCAAGCUGUCAGAAACACUCAGUUUCCCCCAUCAGAGUUUGGACGAUGUGAUAAAGGAUCUGAUGGCCUCAGUGCACCGUGAGCUGGCAGAUAAACAGUCUCUGGCCUUCAGCAUGACGUUACUGCCCACUAAACUAGAGCUGACCAGCACUUCAGCCGAGACCACCUUCAUCUUUGAGUUCAGCAGCCCUGAUACCCGCAGUAACUUUGAGCAGGCCUUUGAGGAGGCCAAGAAGAAGCUCGCCAUGAACAAAGACCAGUGGGACCCCGAGUUCCUGAAGGCCAUUCCCAUCAUGAAGACCCGCAGCGGGAUGCAGUUCUCCUGCGCCUCCCCCAGUCACAGCUGUCCAGAGAACACGUAUGAGGUGUGGGUGUGUAACAGCGACGGGUACGUGGGUCAGGUGUGUCUGCUGAACAUCCGGGACGAGCCCACGGUGGAGGCCUGCAUCGCCGUCUGCUCCGCUCGCAUCAUCUGCAUCGCAGCCGUGCCGGGCCUGAAGAACAGAGAACGUGUGGGUCAUUCCAGCCCCUCCGUCCCGUCUGAGUCAAAUCCUACAGCGUCUACACAACCCCAGCUCCACAUCUGCAUCUCCGGCUCGUCUCUGGAGCUCAGUGAGCCGCCCGCGGUCCCCGCCGCAGAGCUCGUGCCCUUCGAUAGCGACGACACCGAUGAUGAAGACUCUCCCAGCCCUUCAUCCACACUGCAGAGCCAAGCCUCCCAUUCCACCAUCUCAUCCAGCUUCGGCAAUGAUGAAGCAGCCGUUUCAAAGGACAUGGCCACUGAGACCACCAGCUCCGAGGAGGAACAGGAGUUUCCCGUCCCCAGCUCAUUCAGUGCAGACAGUCCCAUGGACGGCCGAGCCAUGCGGCGGUCCAGUCGAGGGUCCUUCACCCGUGCCAGUCUGGAGGACCUGCUGAGCAUCGACCCGGAGGCGUACCAGAGCUCCGUCUGGCUCGGGACCGAGGACGGCUGUAUUCAUGUGUACCAGUCGUCAGACAACAUCAGAAACAGGAAGAACAGUAUGAAGAUGCAGCACUCUGCCUCUAUCCUGUGUAUCCUGUAUCUUGACAACAAAGUGUUUGUGUCCCUGGCGAACGGGGAGGUGAUUGUUUAUCAGAGGGAAGCAGGAAGUUUCUGGGAUCCUCAGAGCUCUCAAACGCUGUGUCUGGGCUCUCCAAGCGGACCCGUGACCAAAAUGGUUCCUGUGGCGGGAAACCUGUGGUGUGGCUGUCAGAACCGAGUCCUUAUCAUCAACACCAGCACUUUAGCGCAAGAGCACUCAUUCCAGGUGAGUCAGGACAGCGGGCGCUGCGUGACCAGUAUUGUGAGCUAUGGUAAAGGCGUGUGGAUCGCUCUACAGGGCAGUGCUCAUGUGCGGCUCUAUCACGCCUCCACCUACGAGAGCCUGACGGAGGUCGACGUGGCACCAGCCGUGCACAAGAUGCUUGCAGGCUCUGAUGCCAUUAUCCGGCAGCAUAAAGCAGCAUGUUUGAGGAUCACGGCUCUUCUGGCGUGUAAGGACCUGCUGUGGAUUGGCACCAGUGCAGGGGUGGUCCUGACUCUGGCCAUCCCGCCCGUGUCCUCCAGCACUGGGCUGGGCUCUCUGCGUGCACCCCUCUUUCCCAUGGGCUCCGCCCACGGACACACAGGACAUGUCCGCUUCCUCACGUGCAUUGAGCUGCCAGAGGGCUUUGACGUCAACUUCCCACCACCGUCUGAAUCAGUGAACUCCGCACAGAACAGCUCAGAGAGCAGCAGCGGCGGCCUGCAGAGACGAGACUCCGCCCGACGGCGCGCCUCCACCAUCCUGCCCGUCAAAUCCAACCUGCUGGUCAUCAGCGGCGGCGACGGCUAUGAAGACUUCAGACUGACCAGUAGCAGCGAGACGGUGGGGCGGGACGACAGCACAAACCACUUACUGCUGUGGCGCGUGUGACAGAAGCCCCGCCCCCUCAACACACAAGCCGCUGGACCAGCCCACGCACUUCUCCCCGAUACCCCGCCUCUUCCUGUUCUUUGAUGCGUUGUGCAUGAGCGUGUAAGACGCCGACCAAUGGGGUGUUUGUUUUUCGUUACGUUGUGUUAUGGGUCAUUUUGUUUCUUGAUGUAAAAUAUCGAUCUCGCUUGCCAUGUGGUGUUUCCUGUGGCCGCUUUUGAAUAUUGUGUUGAAAAUUAAAAUGAAGCUUUAAAAGAAGCGGACGAAACUAUUGUAAAAACCCUUGAAGGAGAUACUAUAAGAUAGACAUCAGAAAGAGAAAAAGCAGGAAAAGGUGAAGUAAAAAAGAAAGGAAGCAAAAAUUGUUGGAUAGAGACAGGGUUUGAAUGAAUCACAUGAGGCAGGGAGGAUUGUGGGUAAUGUGGAUGGACGUGCAAAGUGGAAAGACGUGUUUUCAUCUUCAUCCUUCACUUCAUUAGAGGACAGUCCGCACACUUUUAUGGUCAACUACUGGUCUUGACAGACUGUGAUUUCAUUGGAGAAUGAAGAUGUUUUUGUUAAAGCAAGAUGAGAGUUAAUCUUACAUAACCAAUGUGCAAUAUAAGGCUAGAGUACCUACAGACCGCUAUAUGACACGCACACACACACACACACACACACAAAAUUUACUGCUUCAGUAAUCAUCAAACUCACAGUUAGAGUUAUUACACGUUAUCACUUUAUUCUUUUGGUUAUCGAAUCAUCUUUAUGUAUAUAAAAAAACAAGAUUUCACUAUGUUAUGUAAAAGAACAGCAAUGACAUUCCAUAUAUAGGUAUUGUGACAAAAAUUCUUUUGUACAGUAUUUAUGUUUUUUCAUUUUUAGUGAAGUCUUUUUUUAUAGCACUUAAUUUAUAAAUAAAGUAGUCUGGCGUUUUUCUUUGCUGAAAGAUUUCGACGCUCAACUCAAGUUGGGUCAGUGAGGUCACAUUUGUACGAUUUCAAGUAAACAUUAUUCAGGUGAAUCUCACGAAGAAACAUCCAGGUCAUAUUUCACCCCAAAUUCAAAAGAAAUCAAAUUACAAAUUAUAUUUUGCAUAAAGAAAAUAAAAACCAUUUUUUUGAAUCGUCUCUGUUUUCAUUACAACAACCCAAAAUAAAAAAAACAUUUACAUUCCUUUAAAACAUUUUUAUUCUUCCCAUUUUUUUAAAUAAAAUUUUGUCCAACAAAUACUUUGGUAUUUACUGUAUUUUUUUCAAAGUACAAUAAGAUUUUUUGCAUUACAGCAAUUGGAAUUUGGGGGAAAUGUGAUGAAUUAUGUAAAAAAAAAAAAAAAUUAAUUUAAAAAAUGUAUAUUCAUUUAAAAAAAAUUGAAUUUAUUUUAUGCAAAUUUCUUUUCAUUUUGGGGUGAAAUAUAGCUUCAGGAUUGAUGAGAUUCAUUUCAAUGCUCAUUUUCAUCACUAUGAUAAUUCAGGAAAAGGGAAUUGUGUUGUUUCUUAAAUGAUGUUGCAGAAGACUGCGUCAAUUUAACAUAUAGAGUUUGUGAGUGUGUCUGUGUGUAGAUUAGGACACUUAGAAUGAAGUCAGAUGGGUUACAGCCCUUCGGCUCCAUGCGGGCACUUAUAAAAGACAAUUAACUGCUAAAGCGCUCCACCAUCAGGUGGGUGAAAUGAGCAAUUUCAGUUGCCUUAGUUUGUCUGGGAAGAACCGCAUCAGUCACAAACACACCCAAAUUCUCGCUCACCUGAAGGAUGUGAAGUCAGACUUUUCCCAGACUGCAUCACACGUGGUAAUUCGUGGGAAUUUUUCACGAGCUUGUUUUAUUGAUUGAUCUGUUGAGUAGUUGUGAAUGCUAGUGCCAAGAACUCGCAGGUAGAAACGUUGAAGCAUUGCAGAAGAUAACUUCUUAUUACAAACAGGAUCCUCAGAGAAUCAUAUUUUCAUAAACUGAGUCUGCAUUUUUUUUUUUUUUUUGCUUAUUAAUCAAAUAUCUAAAUCAAUCAGUGAUGAUAGUCCUAAGUCAAGUCUUACUGUUGUAAGUGACCCUCACAGUCCUUUUUUUAGUGAAAGACGUCAUCAGUGUUUAUUGUAUAUAUUGCCUUCCUCUGUACAUAGUGCUCUCACAGUCCACGAUUGUUCAUAUGAAUCUAAUGGCAUAUUUUUAUAAGUAUUUUUAUUUUCCUCAUUUGGCAUGCGAUGUCUCAUUUAAAUUAAAACUAUUCCAGUAUUUUAAAAGAAGAUAACAGAAGCCGCUCUGCGUCUGUGGGUCCUGUAACAGUCUUCAUGCUUAUUUCACACCGUUGACAUAUUUUGUCACUCUGGGUUUCUUUGAAUUAAACAUUCACUGAUGCAAGAAUCCAGAGGCUCUGAUAAUUCCUUUACAAACAAGCUCACACAUGAUCUCACCCGUCAGACUCAUCACAGUCAAAUGAGUCAUUGUCAAUGCCAGGAAGUUUAUGAAUAUGUUUUCAAAUUCAAAGGGGAACAAAAUAAAACUUCAGACUCUUUUGAAAAGGUAAAUUAUAAUGAAAUGUGGUGAAGAAAAUUUUGGGUGCCAGAAGUUGAGAUGUGUCUGAAUAGAAUUGAUCAACAACAACAAAAAAGUGAUAUUAAAUGAUAAUAUAAAUAAUGUAAAUUUCUACUAUUUCUCUUACAGUAAUGUCUGGGUAUCACAGUUUUAUGAAACAUCACAUUUUUAAAAUCAUGCAGUAACUAUUGCUCACAAAAUGUAGAACACAGCUAAAUAUUAUGUGUGGAAAUUAAAAUAAGAUCAUUUUA